AUGGGCGCUCACAUUCUGGAGUCCAACUCCAGCGGCAACUUGACUCCUGCGGUGUCGGAGGCUGGGAGUGCGCUCCCCGGCUACCUGGCGGUGAUGCUCCCGGUCCUCAUGGUGACCCUGGUCGUGGUUGUGGUGGCCGGGAACGCGCUGGUCAUCAUGGCUUUUGUUGUGGAUAAAACCUUGAGGACUCAGAGCAACUACUUCUUCCUGAACCUGGCAAUAUCUGAUUUUCUCGUGGGUGCCUUCUGUAUCCCAGUGUACAUCCCGUACAACCUGACAGGCCGAUGGAUGCUGGGUAAGGGUCUCUGCAAGGUGUGGCUGAUCAUGGACUACCUGCUCUGCACAGCAUCAGUCUUCAACAUUGUCCUCAUUAGUUAUGACCGCUUCCUGUCAGUCACAAGGGCUGUUAAAUACAGAGCACAAAGAAACAUGACCCGCCAGGCCGUGCUCAAGAUGGUGUUGGUGUGGGUGCUGGCCUUCCUCCUCUACGGCCCCGCCAUCAUCUUCUGGGAGGCUAUUGUCGGUCAGAGUAUCGUUCCGGCCCACGAGUGCUACGCAGAGUUUUAUUUCACCUGGUACUUUCUGCUAAGUGCCUCGACCUUCGAGUUCUUCACCCCCUUCGUGUCGGUGGCCUUUUUCAACCUUAGUAUUUACCUGAACAUCCACCGCAGAAACAAGAACAGUGGUGCCUGUGCUGAAGACGAUGUCAAGACGCAGGCGAACAAUAAGAAGCACGGAGACGGUGCAGCCUUGGCUGUGUUUUUUGUCAAAACUCGGAAGGUGUCGUGCAGUGAGCCCACGGCUAUCUCUGCAGUUAUCGAGGACGACGAUGUCCUUUCCCCUUCUUUCAGUGGGGAGCCAAACACCAGUCAGUUAUUCCUGCAGAGGGAGAGGUUCUCCCCAAACAGAAAAAACUCCAGGCUGUUUGAGCACUCAGCCUCCUGUAUGGCACCUGGUCGUAAGACACACGGUUCUAGACUUUCCCGAGACAAAAAAAUAGCCAAAUCUCUGGCCAUUAUUGUCUGCACUUUUGGGAUUUGCUGGGCUCCUUACACUCUACUGAUGAUUAUCCGUGCUGCAUGUAGUGGGGAUUGUGUGGGGGACCACUGGUACGAGGUAACAUUCUGGCUUCUGUGGUUGAACUCGGCCAUCAACCCGUUUUUGUACCCUCUGUGCCACAGCAGCUUUCGAAGGGCUUUCUCAAAGAUACUGUGUCCUAAAAGACAAUCGGUGCAGCCUCAGAUUGAGGCUCAGUCGUGCUGAGAUGAGCUCAGCCGCACUUUCAUGCUUAAUGAAUGCAGUAAAAGUGGUUGGUCAGACACUGUAAAGAUCCAUGUACUGUUCUUCCAUAAAAAUAAGACAAGUGUUUGCAUAUAUGUGAUGGUGGUCACAGCAUGUCUGACAGCAAUAUGAGAGAAAAACAGUGGUUAAUUGUGGCACCUGUACAUACUCGUCCUUUAUUGAAACAGUUUUGAAAGGCCUUCGUUUUAAAACACACGCUAACCUUCACGGACAAUCUGUGUUAUGCGAGUUCUUUAAUCGCGCUUGGUCUGAAGUAAAGCACAACCCAAUGCAACAACGGCCUCAACAGAUUCAGAUUCAUCCAGUUUAUUUACUGCUGUUUCUAAAGAAUCUGCUGUUUCUAUGUAAUGUUUAUUUUAUGUAAAAGAGGGAGUUCAAGGUCUUCUAUUCUUGUAUAAUAUUACAUAACCUUCCUACGACACCUUUUUUGAUUUAGAAUUUCAAUUAGCAAAGCAAGGUCAUUCGCAAAAUCGAGGUUUUUUUUUUAAAAUCAUGCAGCAAUAGAAACUGAUACAGCAACAAAUGAGGAGUCUUCAGUUCAGGAGAAUAUCCAGUAAUUGUUCACUGAAUACAGAGUGUACUCAUUAAGUAUGGUGAUGUUUUCUUUCAUUAUUUACUAUUUACUAUUUACACAGUGUGUAAGUGGCAGAGUGAAGGAGCUCGAAUCUGCCAUUACUGAAUGUGCACUUAAUUUCUUGUUUAUGUUGGAAAUGUACAGCACUAUGAAAAGGCAGCAGCACUGACACUUUUGUAUGUUAAUGUCUGUGCCAAGCUAAUUGGUUGUGUUCUUUAAAUGCAAGUAUUUAUUCAAAGACUUGACUGUGUUUGUAAUACUUUAAUACUUUGUAUGUAGGCUAUGAAUGUGUUGGUGUAAGUAGCCACAUUAUAGAAUAAACACAAGAGUGCUUACAACCUUA